GUUCUCUCAAUGACUUUUGUGUGUGAUGUUGUUUUGGAAAGCAUUGCAAAAUGAUUGCUUAAAAAUCAAAUUCUGGAUCCUCGAAGUUUCGUAGCACCAAAUGUGAAAAAGAAUUGAUUCUAUUGGCUAAAUUUCCCUUAAGAGGUAUACCCUUUAUAACGUGAGUAGAACAGCAAAUUUUGGAUAUCUUAGCUGACGAACGUUGCUUUAAUGCCUUACUCUGGAUCUGUGACCAAGAAAGAGCCACGAUGAUUGAGAACUUAUCCAAGAAACGUAUGGUAUUUGGAAUAAGUUGCCUCAUAUUGCUAACAAUCGUGGUGCUGAUCAUCGAAUCCAAAUGGAUGAAAGCUGGUAGUCGGAGGCAAGAGUUCAUUAUUGAAAACAAUUCCACCUGCUGGCACCGGGAAACAUUCGAGGUGAUCAAAGAUUGCCAUCCGUGUUCGGCGUUCGAAAUCGCAAGCAGGUCGCAGGGCGUUUGCGUGCAUACCCACAACAAGGAGGUGCUCCGGUGCCAAAGUGGUGAAAUCGUCACCCGGAGUUGUGACCGAGUAGCUUGGUUAGACGAAAAACAUUACUGGUCGUUCCAAAUUUCGCUUACCAUAAUCGGUAGUCUUUCGACAGCAGUGUCCUUCCUGCGACAAAAAUCGCUCAACCGGAAGGCUAUGCUUAAAAUUCAAAACCAGUUAGGAUGAACAACUCCUGGUAGAGGUACCAAUUGAGAGCUACGUCGUUUUAGCUCUUUGUCAAUAUCUAAGGGAACCAACGAUCGGCCAACAACUUCAUGUUAACUUUGUGCAAAGCAAAUCUAAUAACGACAGUGGA